GUUCAGUAAUAAAGCGACGACUGAUACGAGUUGACGUAUUCGCUAGUAAUAACAAUAAUAUAACCUCAUUGAUAUGUUCUUAUCGUAAUAACUUUCACAGGAAGUUUUUGUGUAAGUGAAAAAGAAAAUAAUUAUACGAGAGCGUUGUACGAGUAAACCUUAAUUCAGUCUAGACUGCAAUUUUUUUUCUGGAACGGGUUCUUGUUCCACUACCGCGUGUGUGUGAAGUGUUGUUUACAAAGUUUAGUAUUGUUUGAUUUUGUGCAAUAGUGUGGGUUUCGACCCUGAACUUGUUGCUGUGACUAACUGUGAGGUGUAUUGAAGGCUUCAAGCUGGCCUCGUCGGGCCCAGGCAGCCCGGCGCCGCCGCCGGUGCAAUGGCGGGUCAGAAGAAAACCAGUGUUUUUCAUUUCAGGUAAUUUCCACCCAGUAAGAAAAUUUGAUGGAUUCCAUACAAUUAAAGUCCGCUGUACCCGUGUAAUGUUUGGCCGGGAGGGUGAUGGCUACAGAUGACCUUUUAGUGGUAUUUCCCUGUGAUUUGUGGUAGUGAGUCGUUGUGAAUAGUGCGGUUUGGUGCAAGUGAUGUGACAGUCUAUGGAAGUGUCAGGGGGUAUUCGGAAUGUUCACGAAGCACGGCAGGGCUCCUGAGAGGUGCCAUCACCCCUCGCAUAGGAGUUGCAAGAAGAAAAAGCAACCUCCGCAUACACCCUGGAAGUACUUGAUGAAUUGCCCACUCGUUAGAAAAUGUUUUGGUCUACAGUUGCGGAGUAUAGAGGAGCCGCCGGGGGGCGCGGGUGGCAUGCCCGCGCCUACCUGUUACGAUGCAGAGUGCGUUAGGACAGAGGCCUGGCUUGAUGAGAAUCAGGAGUUCGUUCAUGAUUACUUUUUAAGGAAAGCUACAAGGCAAGUGGUGGAUGCGUGGCUGGUUUCCCACGCGACGCCGCCCAGCGCCGACUUAGCCUCGCCCUCUAGAGCUGGCUCAGGCUCUGGAGCCACAACACCCGUGAGGAAGAUCUCUGCACACGAAUUUGAGCGCGGGGGGCUUUUGAAGCCGCUAGUUACAACUGUAGAUGGUACACCCACCUUCCUUGGAGACCAACCGCACGCGACCCCAUCACGACCCCAAAGACGUUCACGACACGAGCUGCGGCAAUUGGACGAAAAGGAACUGAUAUUUGAACUCGUGAAGGAUAUAUGCAACGAGUUGGAAGUUCGGGUCCUUUGCCACAAGAUUCUUCAAAACGUGUCAAUAUUAUUGGAUGCGGACAGGGGCUCCUUGUUUCUGGUGCAGGGAGAGAGAGCGUCUUCACCACAUCCACAGAAUGGAAGAUGUCUGGUGUCGAAGCUGUUCGAUGUGUGUUCGAAGUCCACUCCGGAGCAAAUGGAACAGCUGGAGGAGAUCAGGAUACCCUGGGGCAGCGGCAUCGUUGGCUACGUGGCGGAGAGUGGGGAGCCUGUCAACAUACCUGAUGCUUACAAGGACAAAAGGUUCAACCACGAUAUUGACCAGCAGACGGGUUACAAGACGAGGUCACUACUCUGCAUGCCGAUCAAGGAUAUCAACGGCGAGGUUAUUGGUGUUGCACAGGUCAUAAACAAACAGAAUGAUGGUCCGUUCACGGCAUAUGACGAGAAAGUUUUUGCAUCGUACCUACAAUUUUGCGGUAUCGGACUCCGGAACGCGCAGUUAUAUGAGCGAUCGCAGCUUGAAGUGAAGAGGAACCAGGUCCUCCUAGACUUGGCAAGGAUGGUCUUUGAAGAGCAAAGCACGAUAGAACACAUGGUGCUAAGAAUACUUACACACACACAAAGCCUGAUAAGAUGUCAACGGGUUCAAGUGUUACUAGUCCACGAAGCUUCAAAAGGUAGCUUCUCGAGGGUGUUUGAUUUGGAGGCCGGAGAUGACGCGGAACCCGGCACUCCUCGGACUUCGCCAUACGAGAGCAGAUUCCCAAUAAACAUCGGUAUAACAGGAUACGUUGCUACUACUGGAGAGACAGUUAACAUCGCUGACGCUUAUCUCGAUCCUCGGUUCGACCCCUCGGUAGACGAUGGGGCUGGCUUCAAACACAACACGAUAUUGUGUAUGGCCAUCAAAAACUCUGAGGGAAGGAUUAUUGGGGUCAUACAGCUCGUCAAUAAAUUCGAUGAUCUGCUGUUCACGAAAAAUGAUGAGAACUUCGUUGAGGCGUUCGCAAUAUUCUGCGGUAUGGGAAUUCACAAUACACACAUGUAUGAGAAGGCGAUCACAGCUAUGGCCAAGCAGAGCGUCACACUGGAUGUAUUGAGUUACCACGCGUCCGCUUCGAUAGACGACGCCCAGCGGUUACGGAGCCUAAGGAUACCAUCGUCGAUUCACUACAACCUCCACCAGUUGGCCUUCGACGACAUCGACCUGACGGAUGACGACACCCUCAAAGCCUGUCUCAGGAUGUUCUUAGAUUUAGACUUCGUGGAGCGUUUCCAUAUAGACUACGGCGUCCUCUGUCGUUGGCUGCUCAGCGUUAAGAAGAACUAUCGGAACGUCACGUACCAUAACUGGAGGCACGCGUUCAAUGUCGCCCAAAUGAUGUUCGCCAUUUUGACUGAAACGCAAUGGUGGAAGAUCUUCGGUGAGCUGGAAUGUCUGGCUCUGAUCAUAGGAUGCCUGUGCCACGACCUGGAUCACCGAGGGACCAAUAACUCAUUCCAGAUCAAGGCAUCAUCACCCUUGGCACAGCUAUAUUCAACUUCGACCAUGGAACACCAUCACUUCGAUCAAUGUCUAAUGAUUCUAAACUCUCCCGGAAACCAGAUUUUGGCGAAUCUGUCCUCCGAAGAUUAUGAGAAGGUUGUCAAGGUGCUGGAAGACGCCAUCUUGUCCACCGAUCUGGCGGUAUAUUUUAGUAAGCGCAAGGCGUUCAUCGAGCUCGUCAGCAGUGAUGGAUGUGCGUCCCCGUUGUGGGGCGAGUGUGAUCGUCGUCGCGGUCUGCUCCGCGCCAUGUGUAUGACGGCCUGCGACCUCGCCGCCAUUACCAAACCCUGGCCGGUCGAGAGACGGGUGGCGGCGCUGGUCGCGGGAGAGUUCUUCCGACAGGGCGAUCUCGAGAGACAGAAUCUCAAUCUAACACCCAUUGACAUAAUGAACAGGGACAAAGAGGAUCAACUGCCAGCAAUGCAAGUGAAGUUCAUUGACUCGAUUUGCCUUCCUAUAUACGAGGCAUUCGCGGUGCUGUCGCCAACCUUACAGCCGAUGUUAGAUAGAGUCAAAUCCAACCGAGCUCACUGGAUAGAAAUGUCUGAAACCGACGAGAAGUUCGACUACAGUCUAGACCAAGCUCAUAUAGAUAAGAACGACAAGUCUAGCACCAGCUCCCACGUGGACGACACGGAACCUUACGAAGCGGACAGCAGCGGUGCAGUAAGUCUAUCAUCUGAAACGAAUUCCAAAUACGAGAACCAAGAGAAUCCUGUGGUCGGUCUUGUAUGUAAUAACGCGUUGACAUUACCGAGAGAUCCAAAAAUAUGUCAAGUGAACGAAUUGAAUUAGAACGUCCAAAAUUUAUCGACCAAUGAUGUUUGUUUGUUUGGUGUUUAUUUGGUCGUGUGUGUGAUAUGUCUAGUAUAUACGAUACGUUUGGCCGGACGCAUGGCGUUCGGUUCGAUUACCGUUUGCGAUCAUCGCAUUAGUUUUUUUUUUUUUUUAUACGAAUCAAUAUUAGCUUUACAUUGUACUACGUGUCUGAGUUCUGUUACACUUACCUCAUUAUAUUCCUACGACGUGGUUGAGCUAGUUUUUUAACGUUAAGGGAGGUGUAUAUAGACAGAAAUAUGCAAUAUUUCAUGUGAAUCAUAGAUUAAAACAAUAUAUAUCGGGGCCUAACUGUCGUGACAUUUAGCAAAUAAAUGACCAACAUACCAAAAAUUUUUAGUUAGGUAUUUUUUUUUUUACUAAAUUAUUUUCUAUCUUCCUCUCGUGUUAAACAUCCCUGUCAUACAAGCUUUUAGUAUUGUGAUCAUAUAAAAUGCACUAGUUUAUAAUAAUAUUUUUGUUUAGUUUUAGUCUAACCGCAGUGUUGACCAUUAAUUAAUAUUCGACGUGUGUUAUGUGGACAAUAAAAUGAUGGUUUUUGGUCGCACAAUAUAUUUUGUAAAUAACAUUUUUAUUUAACGAAAAAAUUAACGAUCGUUUUCUUUGGUAAGUACUUAUUAUAUGUAACAUUUCGUUUAGUCCUGUCCGGGAACCGCCGCCUCGCGUUUUAUAGACAGUUACGGUGCCGUAUGUCCAUUCCAGUUAAUUUUCAACCAAAUGUAUUAUAAUUACCUAACAUUAAAUAGUCAAUUAAAUUAUCGUGUAUGCAUUAAUACGAUAUUUUAAAACCGCUGCGUGAUCUUUCUCUAGGUAUUAAAAUAAUUAGGGACGUUUUCUUCGGCUCUGAAUAAGAUUUCUAUCUUGUUUGUUUGAUUUUAUAUUAGAUUAUAAAGUACAACAUGGUCAGUCUUAUUGUCUCUUAUCUCACUAAUGUAACCACAUAAAUAUACGUUUUUUAAUCCAUUUAUAGCUAUAUUAAAUUUCUUCGAAAAAUAAAUUAAAUAUAAACGUACAUUUAUUUCAUAAAGUAAAAAUAAUUCUAUUGUAAAAUGUCAUAAAUAAGAUUAAAAAUCCAUGAGCUAAAACCUUUAAAUAAUUCUAUUACAAUAAUACAUUUUUGAAUAAAUUCAGGGCCGGAUAAAUGUUAAACGUAAAUGUCACUUUGACGUAAGAUUUAAAAAGCGCGGGAAAAUAUGAAAUGUCCUAGCAUAUAUAAAAAAAAUGUAUCCUAUAUUAUAAUAUUAAUGUACGAUAUUAAUCAUUCACAUAAUUACGACCAAUUACUGUACCAUCGUAAAAGAAAAAUCAAAUUGGAAACAUUCUCUCUAUACAGAUUAAAUAUUUUCAUAUAUAUGUAAAAAAAAAAUCUCAAAUUACUUGUGGUAAUGAAAUAUGUACAACAUAAUUUUUAAGAUUGCUGUAAGUAUUAUUAGAAAUAAUUAGAAAAUUAAUAAUUGUAAUUCACUAUGACGAGUUGUAUGGUGUGUGAAUAAUGUGGAGGUUGUCUUGUUCCAAACAAAAAUUUUAUUUAUUUAUGAAUAAACCAAUUUUGAAAUAAA